CUUUGACCCAUUAUUUCCCGCGGUAUUCGAGCACAUUGUGGUUAUUGAAGAACAUAAAGUUGUAGAGAAAGUGAACUUACGAUGGCUGACACAAGUUCUGAUCCCUUUUCUACAGCAACAAGUCCAGCAAGACCUACUAGAAGUCGAAGAAGCAGUCGAGGUGAUCCAACAUCCAGUCCUGGGCGUGAUUUACCCCCGUUUGAAGAUGAAUCAGAAUUAAAUGGUGGAGGUCCUGUUGAAGAGGAGGAAGAUGGAGAAGAAUUAUUUGGAGAUAAUCUGGAACAGGAUUAUCGAGCUAUUCCAGCGCUGGACAGAUUCGAUGAACGUGAUCUGGAUGAGGAGGAUUAUUCUGAUAUCUCUGAAAGUCAAAGACAAGCAGCUGAACGGGAUAUAAGAGUGAGAGAAAAGGAAGAAGGCAUUGUGUCUGGUCGAAUGAGAAGAGGAUUGAUGUAUGAAGAUUCAGAUGAUGAUGAAGACCGACCCGCUAGAAAACGUAGAAUAGCUGAACGAGCAGCAGAAGGUGAUAUUGACGAUGAAGAUAUGAUUGAAAGUAUUGAGAAUUUAGAAGAUAUGAAAGGUCAUUCUGUUCGAGAAUGGGUGUCCAUGUUGGGACCUAAGACUGAGAUUAAAAAUCGGUUUAAAAAUUUCUUAAGAACCUUCGUAGACUCAAAGGGACAUAAUGUAUACAGAGAGAAGAUUCGACAGAUGGUUGAAGCUAAUAAAGAGAGUUUAGUUAUAGAUUAUAAUAUGUUAGCAUCUGUAGAACAAGUACUGGCUUAUUUCUUACCUGAAGCACCAACAGAAAUGUUGUUAAACUUUGAUGAAGCUGGUAAAGAAGUAGUAUUAAGUAUGUAUCCGAACUAUGAGAGAAUUGCCAAGGAGAUUCAUGUAAGAAUAGCUGAACUUCCUCUUAUUGAAGAUCUACGAUCUCUAAGACAGUUACAUUUAAAUCAGUUAAUAAGAACAAGUGGUGUAGUAACCAGUUGUACUGGUGUAUUACCACAACUUAGUAUAAUUAAAUAUGAUUGUAAUAAAUGUGGUUUUAUACUCGGACCAUUUUAUCAAAAUCAGAAUCAAGAAGUUAAACCAGGUAGCUGUCCGGAAUGUCAGUCUACUGGACCGUUUGAAAUUAACAUGGAACAGACUAUAUACAAAAACUAUCAAAGAAUUACAAUGCAAGAAAGUCCUGGGAAAGUUCCUGCAGGUCGACUGCCAAGAUCUAAAGAUGCUAUAGUAUUAGAUGACCUAGUUGAUAUGUGUAAACCAGGAGAUGAAAUAGAAUUGACAGGUGUAUAUCACAAUAAUUAUGAUGGGUCAUUAAAUAUGGCCAAUGGUUUUCCUGUAUUUGCUACAGUUAUACAAGCUAACUAUAUAACUAAAAAAGAUGAUAAGUUAGCAGCUGCUAGUUUAACAGAUGAAGAUAUUAAAGCUAUUGUACAAUUAUCUAAAGAUGAAAGAAUUGGAGAAAGGAUUUUUGCUAGUAUUGCCCCUUCUAUAUAUGGACAUGAAGACAUUAAGAAAUCCAUAGCUCUUGCCAUGUUUGGUGGUGAACCUAAAAAUCCUGGUGGAAAACAUAAAGUGAGAGGGGACAUUAAUAUACUAUGUUGUGGUGAUCCGGGUACAGCUAAAUCGCAGUUCUUAAAAUACGUAGAGAAGACAGCAUCUCGAGUUGUAUAUGCAACAGGUCAAGGUGCUUCAGCUGUGGGUUUAACAGCUUACGUUCAGCGGAACCCUGUAUCGAAAGAAUGGACUUUAGAAGCUGGUGCCUUGGUGUUAGCUGAUAAAGGAAUAUGUCUAAUUGAUGAGUUUGAUAAGAUGAAUGAUGCUGAUCGUACUAGUAUACAUGAAGCUAUGGAACAGCAGAGUAUAUCAAUAUCAAAAGCUGGUAUAGUUACCUCCCUUCAAGCUCGAUGUACUAUUAUAGCUGCUGCUAAUCCUAUUGGUGGUAGAUACGAUCCUUCUCUAACUUUCUCAGAAAACGUUGAUUUAACUGAACCUAUUUUAUCUAGGUUUGAUAUAUUAUGUGUUGUACGAGAUACUGUUGAUCCUGUUCAGGAUGAGAGAUUAGCAGAAUUUGUUGUAUCUAGUCAUAUGAAACAUCAUCCCAAUGCAUCGGAUUUGCCUGAUGAAGAUUGUAUUACUGUAAAUACUACUGGAGCUGAAGCCAUUCCACAAGAUCUGUUAAAAAAAUAUGUUAUUUAUGCUAAAGAAAAAGUUCAUCCUAAAUUACAUCAGAUGGAUCAAGAUAAAAUAGCUAAGAUGUAUGCUGAUCUGAGACGAGAAUCCAUGGCUACAGGUAGUAUACCUAUCACAGUACGUCAUAUAGAAUCUAUGAUACGUAUGGCUGAAGCACAUGCAAGAAUGCAUCUACGAGAUUAUGUUAAUGAUGAUGAUGUUAAUAUGGCUAUUAGAAUUAUGCUAGAGAGUUUUAUCAGUACACAGAAAUUUAGUGUGAUGAGAAGUAUGAGAAAGACAUUUGGUCGCUAUCUAUCUUUCCGAAAAGACAACAACGAACUGUUACUGUUUAUAUUAAAACAAUUGGCACAAGAUCAAAUGACCUUCCAGAAGAAUCGAUUUGGUUUAGAACAAGACACCAUAGAAAUCUCUGAGAAAGAUUUAGCAGACAAGGCACGACAAAUCAACAUCCAUAACUUAACGUCUUUCUACGACAGUGAUGUCUUCCGUUCCAACCAUUUUUCUCAUGAUACCAAGAAAAAAAUCAUUAUUCAGUCAUUCUAGACAUCUGCAGAGUAUUCGUCACUUUUCAAUCAGAUUGGAAAAUCUAUACAUGAAAAAUCAAAUUUGUAAAUAUGUAAUUAUAAUCAUUUGUAAAUAAACACAGUAUUGACAAAUUGGACAUUUUUAUGAAAUUUCAAAGCACUUCAGAUCUUCCUGUACAAGUUGCUAUUCAUCUAAAAUAGACAGUGAUCAGAUCUUCCAUAAAAAUUCCAAUUGUCUUGUAUCAUACACCGAUCACCAUCCUAUCACCACAUUUGCAAUUUAAAAUCAAAAAUACAAAAAAAUAUUUUUAAAAAUCUUUGGCAUAAAUGUUUGCUUUAGAAUAAAUUAAGGUGUUAGAUAUGUUUCGUAUUUUAGAAAUAAUGUAAGGUAAAAAUUUCCAGGAAUUUUUCUCUCCAAUGGCUCUGUAAAAGUGCAGCUCAACAAUAGUGCAUAAAACAAAGAUUAAUAUAUUAUAGUGUAGUUUGUAGAAUGGGAAAUAUCUAGAUUAUUGAAACAUUAUGGGAUGAUAACUCUUAUUUUAUAAUAAUUUAAGUAUAUUGGAAAUAUUCUGAAUGACGGAACUAAGUACAUAUUUUAAAUUUUUUGAAAAAAAAGUUUAUGACCUCAUUUAUUUCUUUCCAUUUAGAUAAUUCUUCCCCAUUAGCUCAUCAACAGUGCGACUCUAUAAUAGUGCAUAUAGUUCCUCGGAGCUCCUAGUUAUAGUGCUGUGAAGCUGGAUAUCUACAUGUACUAGAUGUCCACUUCCCCAUUGGCUCGAUUACAGUGCAGCUCAAUAAUAGUGCAUAAAAAUUUAAUGAUUAGAUAUAUUCAUUUCCUCAUAAGCUCGUUGACAGUGCCACUCUACAACAGUGCAUCAAGUAAGAUAUCUUGAUUCAAAGAUAAUCUUGCCCCUAUAGGCUCUGUUAGUGCCACAAAGAAUACCAUAGGUCUAAAUGGAUAGAGCUGUACUAUGGUUAAUAUAAUGCUAUGUACUUUUACAAUCCAAAGUAUAGCUCUUUACAUAUUUGACCCAAAAUUAGGAAUAGUUAAUAUUUGAAUUGCAUUUUGUAUAUAUUGCAUCUAUUCAUUGAAUUGUAUUUUAAUUUGUAUAUAUGUUGUAUAUAUGUUUCAUUGUAUAACUUCACCACCACGGCACCAAUUAUUAUGUUUUGUAAUUGUAUAUAAAUGUAAAUAUAUUGUUUGGUUUAAUUCAAGAUAACUUACUGAUAUCAUGUAUAAUACCAUAUGACUGUAAAUAAUAUCAGUGUUAUUAAUACCCUUUGUUCGUUAGGGAUAUGUAUUGCCAUGUACUGCCAUUUGGUCAGACUACAUUCAUUUUGGGCCUGGUAAGUGUCCAGUCGUUCUGAUAGGUGAAAAGCUGAGGUUCAUGUACGCAUUAUUGUGCACGUAAAAGAACCCCUAACAAAUUCAGUUUCUGUGGGGGCAAAAUUUCCCCCAUAGCACACUGUAUGGUGUUUGCCCAUAUUCAUUAGCCCAAAUGGUGCAAAAAAGAAUGUCAAACCAUGUUUUAUUUGACAGGCAUUCUCCACAAGUUAUUAUUACUGAAAGACAUUGUAUCACACGUCUUUAGCUUUUUUUAUUAAAGCAAUAAGUACAUCUGAUACAAGUUUUGAAGAACAUAGCUUUUCACCAAUCAAUAUGAAUAAACUUACUUUUGGGGAGAAAAGCUGAAACAUUCAGUUGUGUGAUACCUGUCUUUUAGUAUAUUUACAGCAGUAAGAUUAAUCCGAAUUUGUGGAGAAUGAAUGUGAUAAUCAUAGACAACAAAUUACGUGGACUUGGAUUGUCAUUCAGGCAUCUAAUGGUAUUUAUAAUAAACUGCUGGUAGUGAUUUGAACUAAAGUCACCUUUCAUCUGUAUCACGAUUUUGUAUACUUUCAUUGCAUUUAGCUAUAGUUAAUACAUUACCAAUCAAAUGAUUCUCUUUAUUGCCAAUUGAAUGUUGUAAUUUCUAAUACUGAAGCCACAUUUCGGCAACCAUUUCACUUAAAACCAAGUAUCCGGUUAAAGGUUAAAAUUUGUAUUACCUAUAUAGUUAUUUCUGGUUCUGUCUAUUAUGUAAAUUUGUUUUAUUAUAUGUAAAUUGAUUAUACUGGGAGGGAAUUGUCUAUAUAGUAUACUAUAUGUAUAUAUUUAUAUAUCAUAGUUUUAUCAACUAUCAUUUAUUCAAAAUUCACAAUAAUAUCUUCAUUAGAUUAUUAACAGUAAAUAAACUAUUACAUCAUCAAUUAAUUCUUAGUAUAUU